CAUGAUCCUUCUGCACAGAUGGACUGUUAGCUAAACCAGUUAUUGAAUCAUAUCAGCUGUAUACUUCCUUCGCCCCAUUUCUUGCCAAUGUCUUUCGUCCCUGUCACGGCACAGUCCCGUGGACCCGUCAGUGGGUCACCGUCGGGUAUAUAAGGUAGCUAGAUGAGGGACCUCUCACCAUUUCCCUCCUCCUUUCUUAGUGCAACAACAAUUAUCUCUACCGAACCGUUAUGAUCUUCCCCUCAAGUUAAUCUUACUGCUUUAGAUACCUAUAUGCUACUUCCCAAUACCAAUUCGACGUACUUAUUCUCAACAAAGUAGCAUAUGCCAUGGAGACGACAAAGCCAGCUGUUAUCAUUGUCUCAGGAGCGUUUCACCAGCCACAUCAUUAUGAUCCACUCAAGGCAAAACUAGAAGCCGAUGGGUACGAGGUCUUUAUUCCGCUACUACGAAGCUGCAGUUCUCAGGCCGGAAUAACAUGGAAGGACGAUGUUGCGUUGAUCCAUGAGAUAGUCGAGCCGCAUAUGGAUAACGGGAAGGAAUUCAUUAUAAUAUGCCACUCUUACGGAGGCGUCCCGGCUUGCGCUGCUACGAACGGAUUUACUGUCGAGGAACGGAGAAAUGGUGGUAAGAAAGGGGGCUUUCGAGCAAUUCUUUUCAUGACUGCCUUGGCUCUGCCGCGGGCCGGCCUGGAUGUCCUGCAGUGCUUCGGUGGACAAUACCCAUCUUGGACGACCCAUCAGCCUUUUUACCAGAAGAAUGCAAUAUGUCUCGCUACCGCCGAUGCAAAACAAGCUUUUUACAAUGAUCUCCCCGAUGAUGUAGUCGAGCAAUGCUUCGAUUCACUAGUCCCUUUUUCUCAGGACUCGCUUGAAACACCUGUAGAGUUCGCGGCACCCGACCUUACGAUCCCAAGCGCGUACUUGAUAUGCGAAAAUGACCUCACAGUGCCCCUGCACGUACAAGAGGCUUUUGUAGCCUCAAUACCAGGUAUCAAGGUUGAGAGAUGCUCGGCUGGACAUAGCCCAUUCAUUAGUCAACCGGAUCGAGUUGUGGAAGUGGUAAGGGGGCUUGUGGAAUGAGGAAAAGGGGUUAAUUCUGAGCUUGGGAUACGUACUGAUUCCAAUUCGCCGAAGCGUUUCCAGGAUAGGUGUAAUUUAGCCAAGCAAAGAAUUGAUUUGCUUCUCCUGUUGAUCGAAAAGGUGAUUGCAACCAUAGUUACCUAGGUAUAUAUGAAGUUGGGAACAGCAGAAGGCUAAUAUCCAAUCUGAAGUGUUUUACGCCGUUGGCACUUUGCUGAAUCUAUAUUGUGCCCAGCUAAAACUCUUUUCAGGUAGAGUCCAUAGCCGUUCGCCAUUAGA